AUGACGGAUUACAGCGAGGAACAGCGCAAUGAGCUGGAGGCUCUAGAGUCUAUCUAUGCUGACUCGUUCACAGUUCUAUCUACAUCUCCAGCUAGUUUCUCCAUCACUGUGUCAUCUGAAGCAGAAGAAGAAGAAGAAAAUGUGGUGGUAACACUUAAAUUUACAUAUGUAGAAACCUAUCCAGAUGAAGCUCCUCUCUAUGAAAUAAUUUCUCAAGAAAAUCUUGAUGAUAGCGAUUCAUCUGGUAUACUGGCCUUAUUGCAUGAACAGGCUCAGAAGAAUCUAGGAAUGUGUAGAUGAUUUUCACCCUACUGUCCUGAGCAGUUCAAAAGAAAGGGACUUAAAUGAAAUAGUAGACCAAAAUAAUAAAAAAACUAAGAAUUAGAUAGAAUUUUAGGUGCGUUUCCAUGGAACUCCUGUAACAAUUGAAAACUUUCUUAGUUGGAAAGCCAAAUUUGAUACUGAUUUAGCAGAAAUGAGGCGAAAAAAGCAGAAGGAAGAAGAGCAAUCUGGAAAAAAUAAAUUAUCUGGAAAGCAGUUGUUUGAAAGAGACCAUAAUUUAGACACCUCUGACAUCAAGUUCCUGGAAGAAGCAGGCAACAGUGUCGAAGUGGAUGAAUCCCUGUUCCAAGAUUUGGAUGAUUUAGAACUGGAUGAUGAAGAUGAUCCAGAUUAUAACCCACUUGAUGUAGAGAGUGAUUAA